AUGUGCUCUCCUCUGGUAACUCAUCAGAAUGGCUUGGGCUGUUGCUGCUCUUACUGUGUGGGAUAUUCUCACGGGAUGCCACAUGUGUUAAGAUUCGGGGGUAUAUUCGAAUCCAUCGAAAGUGGCCCAUCUGGUGCUGAAGAACUUGCCUUUAAGUUUGCUUUAAAUACAAUCAACAGGAACAGAACUUUACUGCCAAACACCACACUCACGUACGACAUCCAAAGGAUAAACAUCCACGACAGCUUUGAGGCCUCCAGAAAAGCUUGCGACCAGCUCUCUCUGGGUGUGGCGGCCAUCUUCGGUCCCUCCCACAGUUCUUCGGCCAACGCGGUGCAGUCCAUCUGCAACGCUCUGGGAGUGCCGCACAUCCAGACCAAGUGGAAGCACCAAGUGUCAGACAACCGCGACUCCUUCCACGUCAGCCUUUACCCAGACUUCUCCUCCCUCAGCAGAGCCAUCUUAGACUUGGUUCACUUCUUCAAGUGGAAAACGGUCACUGUGGUUUACGAUGACAGCACAGGUCUGAUUCGAUUACAGGAGCUCAUCAAGGCUCCAUCUCGUUACAACAUCCGAUUAAAAAUCCGGCAGCUACCAGCAGAAACAAAAGAUGCCAAGCCCCUUCUUAAAGAAAUGAAACGAGGGAAAGAGUUUCAUGUGAUCUUUGACUGUGGUCAUGAAAUGGCAGCCGGCAUCCUUAAACAGGCUCUUGCCAUGGGAAUGAUGACAGAGUAUUACCACUACAUUUUUACUACCCUGGAUCUCUUCGCGUUGGAUGUGGAGCCCUAUCGCUACAGCGGGGUCAACAUGACAGGAUUCCGGAUCCUGAACACGGAGAACAGCCAGGUGUCCUCCAUCAUUGAAAAGUGGUCCAUGGAGCGUCUGCAGGCGCCCCCUAAACCAGACUCUGGCCUGCUGGACGGUUUCAUGACAACAGAUGCUGCCCUGAUGUAUGACGCGGUACAUGUGGUGGCCGUGGCCGUCCAACAGUCUCCUCAAAUCACUGUCAGCUCGCUCCAGUGUAAUCGCCACAAGCCCUGGCGCUUCGGAAACCGCUUCAUGACGCUCAUCAAAGAGGCCCACUGGGACGGUUUAACCGGACGGAUAAAUUUCAACAGGACCAAUGGCCUGAGGACAGAUUUCGAUCUGGAUGUGAUCAGCCUGAAGGAAGAGGGGCUAGAGAAGAUUGGGACAUGGGAUCCUGUGAGUGGCUUGAACAUGACGGAAAACCAGAAGGGAAAGGCAGCCAAUGUGUCGGAUUCUCUCUCCAACAGAUCACUGGUGGUGUCUACUAUACUGACUCUUUCUGUAGUUGCAUCAUCUACUAAGCCUGAUGUCAAAAAAAAGUUGCGGUUGCAGGAACUAUGCUCCGAUUCCGGCAUAAUAAUGAAGGAACUUUUGCUGCUGUACCAGGGUCGCGCAGCUGGCUUGACGCACGUUGAGGGUUCCCGCUUAGGUGUUUUCGUGGCGGAGCUGGUAGAAGCCCGUAACGCCCUAGCUGAAAAUCUAGCACCCGGCGCUUUGACUCAUGCCGUGCAAGAUGUAUUUGAUGGCGCUCCGCUGAAUCUGUACUGCCAAGAAAUGCUGUCCUCCAUAGUGUCACCAAAGAGGCUGGUCUGGGAGAUGAGUCGAGAAAGCACACUUAUUGGCAUCACUCAUGUGCGCCAGUUCCUGCAUCAACCUCUCAGGUCAGAAACUACCCUGCGCAGCGCUUGGGUGUCUUGGCUUGGUGGACUUGCAGGAUGGCUGAUGGUUUGCACGGGCGGUGGUGGCCUGGCCCGCAGCACCAUGAGCCUUGGCAGAUAG